CUUUGGGGCGCGCGAUCGAGAAGCGUUUGAAACAAAAAGUGCUUUUGUUAUUUAUUGAAGCUCCGGACAGUGAUCCGGACUUAGUUAGUGACCGAUCGGCGGUAGAUUCGGUUCGUUGUCUUCGCAGGAUUUUUGCUCGGUUUGAGGAGGAGACCCCCAACGCCACCCGAAUAGUGUGAGUGCGUGUGUGACUCCUGGCCGGAAAACGCGAUAGAACUUUUCCUUAGUGUAACAGUAGUUUAACAGUGAGUAAAAAGUGCAAACGGCAGUUGGGAGGAAUCUGCGCGCGAAAAUCAGAAGAGUCUGUUCGUUGAUUGAAAUUCCCCCAAAAAUUGAGUGGCGCCGAAAAAUUAUUGAUCAAAUCGAAAACCGUUGCCGUGGACAUUCGCCACUAAGUGGAUAUUGGAACGAAAGUGAACUGACUUUUGGACGGCAGACAGGCAGUUAGUGCACCGAGUGAAUGUGUGUGAAAACGACCUGCAGAUAACAAUUAGGAGAAGUACCGACAAUUACAACGAGUUGAAAGAUAUAUAUAACACCGGCAGUAUAACAGCACACAACAAGUAAAAUGCAGUCCCUCGUGGAUAAGAUGAGAUUUCUCUACAAGCCGUACGUGCUGGCGGUGCUGACGAUCGGAUACAUCGCCGGCGAACUCGGUCACUAUCUGAUUGGAGUAACGUCCAAAGCGACCGCCAUCGAACUGGACUACGGGGACCACGCGUGCCAGCAAAACCAUACCGAAGUUCAUCGGCAUCUGCUCCCACAGCAGUGCGCCGACAUCGAGCUGGAACAUGAAUGCCACGGUCAGCACGUGAAUGGAACGGUGUACUGCGAAUGGAACUACAAUGGGUUGGGUCUGGAGUACCAACUGCUGGCCGGUCCCAGCUUCAUUGCCGUUUUCACCGUCAUGGGGGUGGUUUUGGGCUUUGCCGCGGAUCGAUUCAACCGGGUCCGACUACUGGCCAUUUGUACACUGGUCUUUGGCAUUGCCAUCAUCUUCCAGGGCACGGUCAAGGACUACUGGCAGUUGAUUCUGCUGCGUAUGGUUAUGGCCGCUGGGGAAGCCGGAUGCAAUCCAUUGGCCACCGGUAUCAUGUCGGACAUUUUCCCCGAAAGCAAACGCGCCCUCGUCAUGGCCAUUUUCAACUGGGGAAUCUACGGUGGAUACGGAAUUGCUUUCCCUGUGGGGCGUUACAUUACCAAACUGGAUAUCUGGGGACAAGGCUGGCGAAUUUGCUACUACGGAACGGGGGUGUUGGCACUCAUCAUGGCCGUACUAACCGGAACCACCCUGAAGGAACCGGAACGACAGAGCAUCGGAGAGGAAGCGUCUGGCAAGGGAAAAGUCUCGCUGGUCAAGGCCCUGAUGCAGCCACGUGUUAUUCUGCUGAUGAUUGCGGCCUCGAUUCGUCACUGCGGUGGAAUGACCUUUGCCUAUAACGCCGAUCUGUACUACAACAUCUACUUCCCGGAUGUGGAUCUCGGCUGGUGGUUGUUUGCUGUGACGAUCGGAAUCGGAAGCAUCGGUGUGGUCAUUGGUGGAAUCGUCUCCGAUAAGUUCGUGGCCAAAAUGGGCAUCCGCUCGCGAGUGGCUUGUCUGGCGAUCAGUCAACUUAUUGCCACUCCGUUCGCCUUCGGUUCCGUGUAUUUCGAUCCACUUUGGGCGAUGAUCACCCUGGGAAUCAGCUACUUCUUUGCCGAAAUGUGGUUCGGAAUCGUGUUCGCCGUGCUGGUGGAAAUUGUCCCGCUGCAGGUCCGCUCGACGACCAUCGGUGUGUUCCUGUUCGUGAUGAACAACAUCGGAGGAAAUCUGCCCAUCCUGGUUGACCCACUGGCCAAGGCCAUUGGCUACCGAGGCUCGGUGAUGUUCUUCUACGCCGGUUUCUACGGUAUCAGUACCGUGCUGUUCUUCAUUACGAUGUUCUUCAUGGACGGACCCAAGCCGGAACCAGCGAUCAGCGGCGACGAGCACCGGAACCAGGUGGAAAUGGGCCACGAGAACAACACCUUCCAGCCGGACGACUUCAUCAACGGUAUCGGAGGACCGAAGACCAACGGACACAACAUCGUGAACGUGAGGCCUUCCGAGAGCAGUAGACUGUAGAAAGUGACACGAGUUCGCAGCAGCGCGAAUAAUAGUUAGGGUUUUUAACAAAUAAUCUUAAGCUAGAAUAUUCAAAGGACAACAUGAUGAAUCUACCGAGCAGGAAUCAUAGAAUUAUUGUAACAUAAUAUGUACGGUUAGCUUUCCCCAGGCUGUGGAAAGGAAUCUCAUAUUCAUUCAGAUUGUUUUAUAAUUCGUCGCUCUAGAAUCUAGAAACCGUGUACCUCUGGCCUGACGGUUUUCUUUUUCGUUAACCGAAGAUCUGUACAAUGGCAACGUUCGGAGUGCCAAGCUACGUGUAUAGUUGAUUUGUAUUUAAAGUGGAAGUGAUAACUUAUUUCCUUCAGACGUGUUUAAACAAUAAAACAAAAUUUUAUACAAAA